UAUUCAUCUUUUAGACUGAUAUCAUGAUAUGCACCAGUCAAUCAUCACAUCCCAACCUUGUACCCCCCCCCCUCUCCCUCAUGCCUUUGCCAAUGGUGUGCAACACUGACUAUCUGCAUUUCCGUAGACUGGUGUACUGUUGGGGCAAAUAAAAAUGGAAACUGAAGAUCAAGAGAAGAAGCAAGUCCUGCGAGCAUUCUCAACAGAAUUAGGACUGCUUUCGAGGUGCGAUGGCUCAGCAACGUUCACCACUGGAGAUACAUCUGUCCUUGCAGCUGUCUAUGGCCCGGCAGAAGUACGGGUCAGUAAGGAAUUGAUCGAUAAGGCUACCGUUGAAGUUGUGUACAAGCCAAAAGUUGGGAUGCCAGGUUGUUCUGAGAAAAGCCAGGAGAAACUGAUUAGGAACACUUGCGAGGCUGCCAUACUUGCAGCUCUUCACCCAAGAUCUAGCAUCUCGGUCGUCCUGCAAGAAGUACAAAACUCUGGGUCACUACUUGCUUGUUGUAUCAAUUCUUCAUGUUUGUCUCUUCUCGAUGCUGCCAUCCCCAUGAAGUUCUACUUCAGUGCUGUGACUUGUGUGAUUGACUCUGAUGACGAGGUGCAUUUAGAUCCUACAAAGGAUCAAGAGGAGGAAGCUAAGGCCAUUGUAACAUUCGCUUUUGAUAACAAAGACUUGAAUAUUAUCACAGCCACAUCUAAAGGGUGCUUCACACAAGAACAGUUUCAGCGUUGUACGGCGUUGUGCAGAGAAGCCAGUAAAUCCGUGUUUGAGUUUGUCAAGGAAUCUAUGAAUCAAAAACUCUCAAAAUUAUUACAGGAAUAAGAUCAUUUGGAAAGCAUUUUUCCAUUAAGUGAAUCUUUUGUAAUCAGUUGUUUAUAUUAAUUGUAUUAAAACUUGUUUGGAAUUGAA